AUGGAAGCCAAUUCCUUUCACCAUUUUUACACAUAUCAACCCCGCUCAUUCGCUACAUCGCCUAGUCUCAGUCUCAAUCUCAACCGCAACCGCAAUCCCAAUCCCUAUCCCUAUCCCAGUCGUAUAUACAGUUCUCCUGACAGUGGUGGCACAAAAGUCGUACACAUUAUGCAUUUGAAUGAAGAAAGCCAAGAGCAUAUAAUAGAGAAGAUUUCUUGCCGAGCCCGUCUUCACUCUUUGCUUCCUCUCGCCUUUCCCUCUCCUACCUGCUCUAUUUGCUCUCUCUCCUCCGACUCCCAAGACCACUUCUUCUUCACUUGUCCUCUCAAAAACGCGGUGUGGAUCGGCAUGUGGCUGGAAUUCUUUGGCACAAUACCUACCCCAACCGCACUACACAACGCUUUUCACUUCUUCUUUUUUCCCUCUUCCUUAAACUCUUCUAUUCCCCCUUCUACCGUCUUUGGAUGCACCCUCCUUGCGAUAUGGCGUCACCACUGGACUUUCAUUUUUGACGAUUCACCAUUUGUUCCGUCUGCUGUUGUUGGUACGGCUCGCAAGACCCUAACCCGCAUUUGCCAAGAAUUAGACCUCGAUCCUCUCUUUUAA